GUUCUAUUGACCGCCUACACCACUUGCACAUCAAAAUUCACCGUCACUCCUCUUUUACGUUGAUUGGCUAAAUACUUCAAGAACAAAUUUGACCAAUCAACGAAAGAGAGGAGUGAUGGUCAAAGGAAAUCAGCGAUCUUUCCGCAUUGCAGAAGAUCACUUACAAUGGCUGAGGUGGAGACUCCGCGCGUUCGGCUCGUGGUGGUGGGCGCCACGGGCGUCGGAGAGGCGCAAGCGGGUGGUGACGCGGCCUUCGAUCCUUACUGCCAGGCGCAGUGCGGCGAUGUGGUGCUGCGUACCGCCGCCAAGGCCAAGACGACAACUCCCGAGUGGACGCAAAACUUCACGUUCGGCGUCAAGAAACCACUAGGUGACGCUGUCAACUUCAAGGUCUUUGGACUUAACGCGCGCGGGCGGGACGUACUACUGGGCAGCGCGUCGCUACAGAUCGAGACUCUGACACCAGAUACGCAGGUAAGAUAGAAGGAUACGGGCUACCAGAGUUAAUGUACUGACCAAAACUCCGUGUUGUUACUGUAGACGACGCACAAGUUGACGCUGCUGGACGCCGCAGGGAAGGAAUGCGGUGAAUUGACCGUGGAGGCAACAUACGAGCCUAAAUUCAUGGCACCACCACGGAAAGAAGGUGGAGAGACGCCGCAGAAGAAGCCAGCGUCACCCAAAAAGCUAUCUGCUCCAGUUUCCCCUAAGACCAGUGCUGUGCCUGCUAAGACCAGUGCUGUGCCUGCUAAAACUGACGAGAAGCCUGUAGUAGACACACCUACCACCUCGAUUAUGGAAGAGGAGAAAGAGGGGCCUUCAAAACCUCCGAAUUUCUAUGUGGUGACGAUUCUGGAGGCAAUGGGGUUACUCGCCUGUGAUGGCACGGGCAUUGAGGCUACGAGCGACCCGUACGUACGUGUUUCGUGCACCAAGAACCAGUCACAACGCACGAAAACGCAGCAGCAGACGCUUCAUCCUUCGUGGCGACAGAGAUUUUACUUUGCAAUAUCUCCUGGGGAGAAGCAGCUGCUGGAAUUGACAAUGGAAGACAGCGAUCUACUCACGAGCGACUUUAUGGGACGAUGUGUCAUUGAUCUGGAGGAGUUUACCAAGCGUUUCCAAGGAGAGAAGCAGACGUUCUGGCUCGCUUUGGAGCAGCAACCGGAAUCCAAGGACAAGGACUUACCCAGCGACAUCAGUCCACAACGCAAGAUGAAAUACGGCAACGGCAAGAUCUGUCUGGCUAUUGAAAUGCAGUAUAUCGACCAGGAGAUCAGCAGCUUGGAGCAAGGCGAGAUUGAUAACGUCACUGAAGUUCCGAGUGGUCGAGGCUUACGUCGACCAGGAAGCUCUGAUGUUGUCGACGACGAAGGUGGGAAUGAUGGAAACCCCAGUGAAGACACGAACGAAGACGUUAAUGAUGGAGAUGACGAUGAUGUCGAUGCAAGACGAGAGGAAGCCGAAGCUCAACGUAAGCAGCGAGAAGAAGAGCGUCAAAAAAUGCUGACAGAGCUGUCCAAUGUGCAGUUUUUGUCUGGUGAUUAUCAGAUCCGAGUGCGGAUUAUUGAAGUGCGCGAUUUGAAGCCAAUGGACGCCAAUGGUCUGUGCGAUCCGGUCUUGUCGGUUGAGUGUCUAGGCCAGCGCCAACACACGGUGGUGAAGCAGAAGCAGCUGUCAUGUGUCUUUGACGAGUGUCUCUACUUCAACUUCAGGAAGCUAGACAAAGAGACUGUCCAGCAAGGAAGCAUCAAGAUAUCUGUAUUCGACGCCGAUGGCCCUGGCUCAUCAGCGAAUCGAUCCGCUAUAUCUCGAGCACUCGAUGACCUCAUCGGCUUCUUCUCGGUGGAUAUUCCGUACGUGUACUUCCAGCCAGACCAUGAAUUGAAGCGGAAAUGGGUGGCUCUGGUCGGUAGCGGGACAACCAACAGCGACAGUAUCCAAGGCUACGUCCUGCUUUCAUUAGUCGUACUUGGUCCUGAAGAUAAGAUGAAACUAUACGAUCCAGCAGAAGACAAAGACCCGGACGAGCACUUGGUCAAGUCGAAGGCAGAUAUCAACUCGAUGGUUCUCGUACCACCGCGUGUGACUCAGAAGCUCAGUUUCCUGGUGAUAACGAUCUAUCGAGCUGAAGAACUGCCCGAUAUGGACUACAGCAUGAUGAUGCAUGGAGGAAUCGACGGCUACGUUCGAGCGUACUUCGCUGGCCAGGACGUGUUGGAAACCAAGAAGGUGACAGUGAAAGGAAGUGAGAACUUGGCCGUCCCGUUCAAUCAGGAGCUGUGGUUCCCCGUUCUUUUGCCAACCAUGAGCGACAACAUUUUCAUCUCAAUGUGGGAUUGGGACAUGACUACAGCCGACCAGCUCGUUGCAAACAUCCUGCAGCCCUUCUCGUUCAAACAAGUGCAGCGCUAUCCCAACCAGUUCAAGCACAUCUGGGCGAACUUAUACGGUCCUCCAGUGGGGUAUGAUACCGUGUCCGCUCCGCUCCAAUUGAUGCAGAACCACCCAGCUCACGCCAGCACGUAUCGCGGACGUAUGUUGCUGUCACUACGUGUUGAAGACGGUCUGCAAUCAGUGAACGAUGAAGCGCACGUACGAAACCUGCUGAACACGUCCAUCUCGCCGAGCAUGAAGCGGUAUACACUACGCGCCGCACUGUUUUACGGAACUGAAAUCCCUGUGUUCACGAGCAAAACCAACUGGAACCGAAACACGCGGAUGUCUCUCAAGAUUUCGAUGGGUCGUCAUUGCGUGGAGAGCUCGCGGGCUCACAAUGUGUCCGGAAUUUGCCACUUUAACCAGUACAUCGACAUCAUGGACGUCGAACUUCCAGCGGAUCUCGACCAAGUUCCCGAUAUUUUCGUCCACCUCGUACGCAAGACGAUGAACGAGUCGCGCUGCAUCUGCUUCGCUCGCUUCAAAGCCCAAGAUUUGUUUUGCCAAGAUCCCGAGGCGUUAAAAACCAUUGAGCUACCUCACUGGGUUGUACUGAACGAGGAUAAAGUGCUGGAUGAACUCCGAGACCAUGACUUUACGGGCAAUGUACUGAUGAACUUGCGUCUUGAAGACGCUGAACAAAAAGGACGCAAAGAAGAGGAAGUAGCGCAGCAGUGGCGGAAGUACGCGAGCACGACGGUGCAGUACAUGAAGUACGUGCUCUUCAUCCAUGUUUUCCAAGGGAAAUGCCUGCCAUCAACCGACUACGACGGUCUCUUGGAUCCGUACGUGAAGGUGGCUUGCGUCGGCUCCGAGGGUCAAGUCAGCACGCGUAUGUCAACGCGAGACCCGUGCUUCUAUGAGACGGUCGUCCUAGACGUUGAAUUGCCGCAGAACGAGCGGUUUCUACCCAAAGUAUCGCUGCAAGUGUAUGAUUGGGAUCGUUACGAUGCAGAUGAUUAUGUUGGCGGCCUGAAAUUCAGUCUGGUAGACUUCCCACAGAUGUCGUCGUCCGAGUAUUCCAAGAUUCGUGCCAGUGGUGAAUACUCAGCGCCUCGUCCGAAGUGGUAUCCGAUUUACUACGAGAAGCCAGGAGAUACUCAAGGCGAGUUGCUCUUGUCCUUCGAUCUCAUCAAGAAAGACACACCGGGUGUUAUUGUGGAGCCUCCCGAGUCGAUUCGUCCUCCUGCAGAAGAAGCUUUUAUCGAGAUCAUGUGUCUGGGAUGCCGUGGACUGCAACCCACAGGCUUUAUGCCUAUUAACACGCCGUUUGCGAAGUUUGAAGUGGGGGAAAUCACUAAAACGAACCAGCCAAAGUUCACAAACCCGUCGUCCAAGCCGAGUAGCCGUAACCCGAACUUCUUGCAGAGAAUUGUCGUCCCCGUGAAGAUGCCGCUGGACUCGCUAUUCGCUCCGAGACUCAACAUCACAGUGUACGAUCAAUUGCUUGGUGGCUUCUACAAACCAGUGAUUGGUGUCUGCUCCGUGGACUUGGGCAAGAAGAUGCCGCUCUCGAAUGGAGAACCGAAUCCUCUGUACAUUGAAGAGAGCAGCAAGAACGUUGCGCAUGGAAACAACCCGUAUGUGGACUAUGAAGACGAUCUAUCCACAUUCCCGGGGACAGUCCCCUCUGAUGUUUUGACCUCAAGAUCUCCGAGUGCCGCGGCUGGGAAGACUCAAAUCAAGACGAAAAAGAUCGGGAUAGCUGGGAUGUGCUCGUCUGGGAGCUUUGGUAUCUAUGACGAGGACGACGACGAGUUGCCACACUACAUGCACCAGCGCGAGAUUGUCGAGGGGGAACUGGAAGACACACUCAAGUCUCCGUUCGAGACGUAUGCUCUGUUCCGUGGCGCCACGUCGUCACAAGACGGAUGUAAUUCAAACGAACACUCUGCCGACACGUACCGUCCCGUCGGAAAGUUCAAAGGCAUCGUGCGUGUCCUCAAGUCUCGCGAUGAUCCUCCUCUGUUCGACUUGGACCAGUUCCUCAAUCCACAGCCAUAUCUCGUUCGCGUGUACGUGUUGGACGCUCUGAAUUUGCACCCGAAGGACGCGAACAACCGUUGUGAUCCGUAUCUUCGCGUGAGUCUCGGAGACGGUCGACGUCGCGAACAAAUGUUCAACGACCGGGACAAUUACCAGCCAGAGACUUUGACUCCCAAGUUCCACAAAAUGUACGAGUUCAAGGCGGAUCUACCGGGUGCAUCCGAGUUGAAACUAGAGCUAUUCGACUACGAUUUCUUCGCGAUUCCGACGCUACCGACUGGAUUAAGUAAGGCGUUGAGUACUGCAGUGGGGAGUACAGUGGAUGGCGACGACUUUGUUGGUGCUACACUCAUCGAUCUAGAGGACCGAUGGUUCGAUGCGAAGUGGCAAGAGCUCGGGUUGUCUCCAGAGAGAGCUGAACGUCGUAAACCUUUGGAAGUUCGUCCGCUGUUCGCCCCUUCUAGUACCCUCCCACAAGGAAGUGUUCGACUGUGGGUUGAUAUUCUGACUGGGGCGGAGAUGAACGUCGUGAGACCGCUCGAUAUCUCGCUGCCUCCUCCACAGGUGUUCGAAGUGCGCGUUAUCGUGUACAAGGCAAAGAACGUCACGGCUGGAGACUUCACGGAUCUAAGCGACCUGUUUGUGAAGUGCUGGCUGCAGAAUCGCGAUGAUAAAUCCCAGAGCACGGAUACCCACUGGCGAGCGAAACAUGGUCGUGCGUCUUUCAACUGGCGCAUGAAGUUUGACGUCGAGUUGCCGCUGGAUCCCGAGAAGGAGGCAGAUCGUGGCUAUCUGCACUUCCAGAUGUGGGAUCGCGACGUGGUUUACGAUGAUUGUCUUGCGGAUGCAGUGGUGGACUUGACGUCGUUUCUCAAGACGGCGUUCAAGACCAAGCAGGCGGUCAAUGUGUUCGCCAAACCGAAGCCAGUUCGCAUCCGCGGUAGUGAGAGUAUGCCAUAUGAAGGAGCUUCACGUCGCUCAGGAUACUCUGCCACGGAGGAUGCCCGCUUCAGUUCGCCUCGUGAUGAAGUAGUCAUCUCUAUCUCCGAGGAAGGACAAGGAAGUGACAAGAAGCCGUUGCUGUCUAGGGAAGGUGCUGACAUUGAUGACGACGAAGAAACCGAAUCAGAAGACGUGGAUGCCGACAUGGAGAAUGCCGAGUCACUGGUCAAGUCGUUCAUGCACCGUCUCGGCAUGGGAGAAGACCCCGAAGACGCCAGUUGGCUCACAAUGACAACCCGUGACUCGCACACAGGCGACCGUAUCCGCGCAGGUGAGUUGUUGGUGUCAGUGGAGAUCCUACCGAAGCAUUUAGCAGACGUGCGAGCUGCUGGAUUAGGUCGUGGAGAGCCCAACAACUUCCCGUUCCUGCCUGAACCUGCUGAUCGUCUUCAUCUCUCGGCUAUGUGGAACCCUUGCUAUGUGCUGGAGGCGUUGAUGGGACCCAAGUACUACCGCGCCUUCGCCUCGUUCUUCCUCUGCACGCUUUUCAUACUGCUCGUGCUGUUCGCUGGACCACUCAUUAACGUCCUGUUGACGCUCUUUGAGCUGGUACCAAACCCAAUCGGUCUCAUUCUCUUCUUCGUGGCACUAGCACUACUGAUGGGGACUCUGUUCUACCUACUCUACCGCUGCCGUCGAGCCAUCAUCCGCGUGUCAGGUGGAGACGACUUCAACUCGUCCAAGAGAGGCAAGAGCAGACGCAAGACCCGUCGGGCUCUACGCUAAGAGGAAGCAGUGAUGUAAGUGUGUAUAUCUCGUUCAUGUUAUGCCAAAAUGCAGGACGGUGUUCGGUUCGUGGUAUCUCGCUACCUUAUGCUCUUUAGGCUUCUGUCUCACAAGUGGCGCGCACGUACAUUCGACAGCCAGUCCGCUGCAGGCUUCUUGGCGUUAAUGGGGAUCACCGCUUCGAUCUUGUUCUUGAUCUCCGGCGUCAUCUUAGCGACCACGUCCAGAGCCUUCAAGUUCUGCUUGAGUUGCUCCGUCGAACUAGCACCGAUCAUCACGGUCGACACGUUCUCGUUCGACAGACACCAAGCGAUGGCCAGUUGAGCCAUGGAGCAGCCCAAUUCCUCAGCUACAGGUUUUAAACUGUCCGCUUUGGCCACCCGGUCGUCGAAAUCAGGGAUGGACUCCUUUAUCCAUGCAACGUCCAUGCGUGUAGUAGCACCAGACGCAACAGCGCUGUAUUUACCCGUGAGAAUCCCGAAGGACAACGGUGACCACGUCGUGAGUCCGAGUCCGUAUUUGUCAUACAACGGUGCGUAUUCCAGCUCCACCUUGCUACGUUCCAACAGGUUAUACUCAGGUUGCUCGACGAUAGGACGGAUGAGUCCCAGACGAUCAGCAAUCUCGCAGGCCUCGAUGAAGUCGGCCGCUGACCACUGACUCGUCCCCCAGUAGAAGGCCCAACCUUGCUGGAUCACAUAGUUCAUGGCUCGAACGGCCUCCUCAAUGGGCGUGUAAGGCUCCGAUCGGUGGCAGAAGAUGACGUCCACAUAGUCAAGUUGCAGUCUCUUGAGCGAGGCCUUCGUACCUUCCACAAUGUGCUUGCGACUCAGUCCCUGGUCGUUCGGGUUACCUUCAAAGUACCCCUUGGAACCGAAAUAGAUCUUGGUGGUCACCACGAGGUCCUCACGACUCCAGAGACCGUCAGCAAUGCCCAUUUUGAUCGCGUCUCCCAUGUUGCGCUCUGCUUGGCCGUUGCCGUACGCUUCUGCGUUGUCGAACAGGUUGACACCGUGCUCGAAUGCCGCCUUCAUCAUCUCGUACCAACGCUCGGGCGUGUACUUGUCGUCUUCCCACAUCCAACUGCCAAGAGAAAGUCUGGAAACCAUCAAACCCGACUUGCCUAGGAGACGGUGAGGCAUGCGAAUGUUCUUGUCAGUCGAGGACAUCGUGGUUAAGAUACUGGAAGGUUGGAGGGUUGGAUCGAUGAAAGCAAAUUCAAAAGUGAGCUAACUUGAGUUGGUGAAGGAAGAGCUCUCUUUCAACGGUACUUGGACUUACGUUGACAAGCGAUUACUUGGCUGUUUUCAGGCCGAGAGGUGAUUGCUUUACCUUUUCUUACCAUCGGUAGGAUUUGUAGAGUAACUAAUCUCUACUACGUAGUAAGAUUUGCGUUUUGUUUACCUAUAGGUAGCGAGGCUACAUGACUGCCAUGUACUUCGAAGUAUCUUGCUCAAAAGAAGAUGACUAUC